GCGAUGAUGUUGCGUCUGGAAAAUUUCGGCCAAGACCGGGACUGCGCAGCCACAUCCCUGCAAGCCCUGGCUAUCAGCUAUCAAAAGCACGGGGACCAGACGACGGCUUGAUGCAGUUAAGACUACCUAAGCUAUACCUACGCGAAUGCCACCAAAACGACUGCAGACAACGCAUCUUGCUCAAAGACAGCGUGGUGUUGCUGCAGAUCAAUGUAUUUUGUAGGCUAAGCCCUGCAACAGUUAGCGCCCAGAUGACCCACGUGAGCCCCAGCCAUCGUGUUUACAUCUUGAGUCUCUCUGCAUCCGAUCAACACCACAUCGCCCCCACCUUUUUCGCCCACGACGCUUUUUUCUGCUUGUAUUCUUGAUUCAUUUUGAUCGCAAGCUUUACGCGACUUGAUCUAUACCACUCACCAUGUCCCACUCUUGGCUUCAGAGGAAGCGCAAAGCUGACUUGAUCGACCUUGCGCAGAAGGCUAGACUUCCCGAUGCAGAUGGCCUCUUGAAAGAUGAUCUCGUGGAGCUGCUUGAGAGCCAUCUCAACUCCAAUGAGAGCACCUUUGCCAAACUCCCCGAGUUUAGCGACUAUUAUGGCCGAAAUGGAUCGCCUGUAAAGCGCGAAAAGUCUUCGCCAGAGCCCUUUAUCACGAAGACGACGCGCCGCCGAACUCUUAACAAGGACCCUUCUCCAGAGUCCACCCCCAUCAUUACACCAGAGAUCCGCAGCGUUGUCGCGCGUACACCAAAGCCGAGAUCCGUCUCUCGACGUGUCUCCGAGAUGGUCGCUGAAGCCGAACCCAAGGCACUCUCGCGUCGCGUUUCCGACGUGGUCGCUCAAGCUGAACCCAAGGCCGUCUCCCGUCGCGUUUCCGAACUCUACAAUCAAGUGGAUAUUCCCGCAUCGCCUGCCCAACUCGCUGAGGUCGCCGACCAGUCCUUCCAAGUAGUCCAGACAAAGGCUGUCGAGCUGUGGGACAGGACCAGGAUCGAUGAGCUGAAGGAGUUUAUUCGCGAAAACGCAAGCUCGGUCGCUACCAUCCAAACCAUCAUCUUGCUUGUCGAAGCUGUAGGACUACAGUACAACACACUCGACACAACACCCUUAUUCGCUACACCUGCCGCCUUAAGCUCAUACACGAGCAGCCAAGAUGUUCGAGGACCAAACUUCUGGGCGCUGCUCUCAGCGGAGUGGUGGGCACCAGCUACCCUCUGGUCGCUUACGAGCUGGGUGCUACCGUUGAUGUUCUCAUACUUUUUCAACUUGACUCUCCGCUCCAACACCUCGCGCAAGUCUUCCGAGCGCCAAUAUCCUGCUGACCCGCUCAUUUUCAACAUUGCGCGGGCAGUCCUGUCGUACAAUGCCUACCGGGAAACUGUCAACAUGGCAUUUGCGCCAAGUGCCUGGGGUCCCUUCUCCGAGUACGCGGUUGCGCGCGUAGGAAACAAUGUCCCGGGAGGAUACUAUGGCCUGCAGAUUGGCUCGCUGGUUGGCAUACUUGUCAGUCUAUACGAUGCCGCUUUGAAGAAGUAGAUAUCUGUUGGGUUAGAACACGCAAUGUGACUGAGUCUGAGGACGUGAAUCUGGUGAUACUUGUAUGUUCAUUGGCGUUUGGAUAUACGAUACCUUCCACCCUGGCGAGCUGGACACACUUUGCAUCUGGAUGCGGAGUUCGAGACCGGCGUUUAUCAGAAUGGGUCUGUUUCAUUCGAGCUGCUACGCUUCUUCGUUACCCAAUAUAUACCUCUGUCAGAAUCUGUUCCUAAGCUUGAUUGUCCUUUGAGAAGAAGCGACCCGAGUGCAGACCAAACGCUUUGAGAUACCCCAGCUGCCAGACCAGACGCGACUGCGCGUUGCGGGUGAAACACGUGAAGUCGCGUGUGCUAUCGAUAGCUCCAAGCGCGAAAGGGCCACGCCGUCACCCCUCCGCUCCA